AAGCUGUUGUUAGUGACCUUGGUGGCGGGGAUCCUGGCUGUGACCAGUCUCGCCAAGCCAGAUGGUGGAAGCAGUGGGUAUGGCAGCUCCAGCGGUGGUGGCGGAGGGUAUGGUGGUUCCAGCAGCAGCGGUGGUGGGUAUGGCGGCUACAGCGGCGGUGGUGGUGGGUAUGGUGGCUCAAGCGGCGGCGGUAGCGGUGGUUAUGGGGGUUCAAGUAGCGGCGGUGGCUACGGCAGUGGCGGCUCCGGAGGUGGCGGUCAUAAUGGUGGCGGUGGAGGUUACGGGAAAUAA